AUGGACGGAGCCAAGAUCAUCAACAUCAUUAUAGCCAUCUUUCUACCACCUUUAUCGGUCUUUUUGACCUGCGGUUUCGGCUCAGAAUUUAUCGUCGACGUUGUGUUGACUAUCCUAGCCUUCUUCCCAGGUAUGCUAUACGCUCUUUACCUAGCUCUAAGAUCUUAA